UCUGUGGCCGGGAUCUGUCCGUUCAGCUUCUACAAUAAAUGCAGCCAAAGGGGCAGUCACUUCUCAUCAGUCACAGAAGUCUCCUCUUUAGACCUCACUCUCACAAAAGCCAUUUCUCAUCAUGCCAAACCAACAAAAGAAAGUCAUUUUUUGUAUGGCUGGGGUGUUAAGCUUCGUGUGCGCCCUUGGAGUCGUGACAGCCCUGGGGACACCGUUGUGGAUCAAAGCCACCUUCCUCUGCAAAACAGGGGCUCUGCUCGUCAAUGCCUCUGGGCAGGAGCUGGACAAGUUCAUGGGAGAAAUGCAGUACGGGCUUUUCCACGGAGAGGGUGUGAGGCAGUGCGGGCUGGGAGCGAGGCCCUUUCGGUUCUCACUUUUCCCAGAUUUGCUCAAAGUGAUCCCCUUGAGCAUCCACGUCAACGUCAUUCUCUUCUCCACGAUCCUGGUUGUUUUAACCAUGGUGGGAACGGCCUUCUUCAUGUAUAAUGCUUUUGGCAAGCCCUUUGAAACCCUUCAUGGCCCACUAGGGUUGUAUCUUUUGAGCUUCAUGUCAGGCUCCUGUGGCUGUCUUGUCAUGAUACUGUUUGCCUCUGAAGUGAAAAUCCACCACCUCUCAGAAAAAAUUGCAAAUGAUAAAGAAGGGACUUACGCCUACAAAACGCAAAGUGAAAAAUACACCGCUUCGUUCUGGGUUGUUUUCAUUUGCUUUUUUGUUCAUUUUUUGAAUGGGCUCUUAAUACGACUUGCUGGAUUUCAGUUUCCUUUUGCAAAAUCUAAAGACACGGAGACGACCAAUGUAGCUGCAGAUCUAAUGUACUGAAAGGCAAAUAUUCCUGUGAUCUGCCAAGUAAGGGAGUCGACUUGCUCCAGUCACUUGGAAAUGGUUAAUUUUGUCCGUCCUUUCAGAUGCACAAAUGAAAGCAUCCAAGCCCUCCGUGGCAAUGUUUACAAAUGAGGUACUAAGGAUACAGGCUCAGUAAGAGGAGCAGAAGGAAGGUUUGAGAAGGUUGUUUUACUUCAUGGGAACUGCGUGCUUAAAGCUCUUGGCUAGAAGGGACAAACUGUUACCCUACGUACGCAUCAAAGUGUAAAAUGUCUGCUCCAUCAGGAAGGAAUGAAAAGGCACGGGGACUAUGUUUUAACACAAACAAAUACGAUUUCUGAUACAUCCACGCAUUUGUUGCCAGAGAUACCAGGAAAUAAAGCUGGAAUGGCUUUCCUAAAAUGAUAGUGCACUAAGUGAGCAUUGAUGAAAAGUAUCCACAUGCUUUUUUUUUUUUUUAAGUUCGUUUAAAGCACAGUCUUAUUAUCCAUGCCUGUUGGUCAAAAUUUGCAAACCUCUAAAUGGAAAAAAAAAAAAAAAGGCGGGUGGGGAAACACAGUACUUUAAACAGACAUACUUGCUGGGACCACUGACGAAUCAUGCAAAAUGACUCUUCUUAGUAAACUUAAUGCAAAUGACUCACUGGGGCUGUUGUUUCUAACUUUAGUGUCUUUAAGCACUAAUUCCCACUUAUGAAAAUUACAUUACAUUCUGGGAUUGUGAUGGUAUCACUACAUCUCGGUUUUGGGCCUGGCUGUCACAAAGCAUGACCCAAGCCCAUUUUCUUUUUCCUGAAUUACCCAUGAAAUUGACCUGCAGCUGACCAAAGACCACAAGUGAGUCCAAACAGACACUUUCUCUGUCCCUGACCUGCUGCCCUCAAGAAAGCACUCAGGAAGAAGCAGAGAAUGACAGAGAAUACACCACCAGGCCCCUCGCCACAGCUGCUGGGUACUUAGCCGCCAUACAAGAGGUUCUGAAAGUGCUCACUUAAAAAAAAAAAACAAAAAAAAAACUUUUUCCCUUUUGGAACAAUUUACAAGAAACAAAUGACUGCUUAUAUCCCUGAUAAGUAACUUGCUCUGUUGGUGAUCCGUGGCCCAUAGGCUGACAUCAGAAUACACCUUUACUUUCCAGAUGCCUGUCCCACGCCUUCAUUCAGGAAAUACACCCGGAGAAUUUCUAGAAGACCACAAGUCAGUCUGGCAACGAAAGGAUGUUAAUUCUAGCUCAGGCUAGUGGAGCCCAGUGCUGGAAGUCUUCAUGCAACAGUUAAACACAGAAGCCUCCGUAGCUGGGAGGGGGCAGGAAGGCCCAAGGACCUUCCCCACGCGGUAAUUGGCCUGAGAUCCUGGAAAGCCAGGCCCCCACAUUCUCAUUUGACCUCUCUCUCUUCUCAGAGGUUUGAAAAACUUCUAACACCACGCUUUCUUCAGGAAACAAGUCCCCAGUUGUUCUCUCUUCUGUAAAAAGAGAAAAGUCGGAGCAGCGGCUGAAAAUCUAAUGAGAACCUAAUAGGCGAACUAACAAUGGUCCCUGGAUGGGAAGUCGAGGCAGGGCUGCUGGUCCCUGCAAAUCGUGCCACACACAAAAAUAAAACAAGAUACAAUCUGGGCCC